AUGGGUAGUCGGGAUCAAGAAGAAUUUGAAAGAGAAAGACAUUUUAAUAAUCGUGGAGGGAAUAAUAAGAUUCAAAUACUUGAUAACCAGCCAGAAGGAUAUGGAGGGAAAAAGCAAUAUUAUAAUCAAGGUAAAGGAAGUAAUAAAGUAGUAUGGGAGCACAUAAAAAUUCCGCAUCCAAAUACUACAAUAGAAAAAAUCUGGGAAGCAAUAACUUUGAUGGAAGAGAUACCAGCACCACCAAAUAUGGGAAAUGAGCCACCACCAGGAAGGAGAAGUGGAGAAUUAUGUGCAUACCAUCGCUUCCACGGCCAAACGACAAACAACUGUAGGAAUGUGAAGAAAAUCAUACUAAGAAUGAUCGAUCAUGGGAAGUUAAAUCAUUUUCUGGUACAACAACCACAAAAUUUACCACCACCACCACCACCAACACCACCAGAAGGUCAUACACCAGGUGCAGAGAAAGGAAGGAAUAAAUAUUUGGUUGAAGUAGGAGCAAAGGCAAAUAAUCCAUAUUGUAAUUCCAUAAUACAUUCAUUCAAGAGCAUAGAGGAUUUCCAUGAUAACGUCUUGAGCCGAGUUUUUGCAAGAGACGGUGAUGGAAGAGAAUUAUUGAAUCUUGCGAAGAUAUCACCCUUGAAGGAAUGUGAAAAGCAACCCAUUUCUUUUACUGCAGAAGAAGUACCAGGAGGAGGAGAACCGCACGAUAACCCAUUAGUGGUUAAGCUAGAAAUAAAUCCAAAGGAAAAAGAUGAUGAAGAGGAAGAGGAAGAGGAGAAUGCGGACAUAUGGGCCAUCAAUAGGAUAUUGAUUGGUCCUGGUAGUUCAGUUGAUAUUCUAUUUUAUCACACAUACAAGACUAUGGGUGGUAGAGAUGAAGAACUUAUACCAUCAACAUAUAAGAUUUACAGUUUCAACGGAACAACUAACAAGCCAAAAGGAGAGAUAACGAUGCGAAUUCCUCUAAAGAGCAUAUCAGCUGAAAUAGUAUUAUACGUUGUCGACGUAGAAUCACCCUAUAAUGCUUUGAUCGGAAGACCAUGGUUAAAUGGUAUUCUAGGAGUGGCGUCAACCUUUCAUCAAUGCAUCAAGUUCCCACUCCCUCAAGGUAUUGAAAUAAUAAGAGGAGAUAUAAUUGAAGGAAAAACCUUCCAUGAGAUUGAUGUUGACAAAUGUGAAGAACGCGCAAACAAGAGAAGAAACUAG